UCGAAACGGGCGAGGUCGAGGCAGCGUGGCGCUCUGCGGUGCCAAACACACGCAUAACUGCAUUCAGGACUUCGCGUGCAACGCAUAUUGAAGCGCCAUAUAGCUCGACUCGAGCACAGCAAGCCGCGUCUAGCAACGUUGCGGCUACGCUGCGAACACUGCACAUUUGUCCUGCAGCAUCACAAGCAGCCACAGUAAUCGCGAUGGCCGCCGUCGAGGAGAAAAAGAAGUCCAAGAAGCGCAAGAACGAGACGCCCGAGGAGCGCGCCGCGCGCAAAGCGCUCAAAAAACAAAAGCUCCUGCAGCCGAAGCCGCGCAGCGACUCCUUCUCGAAGCCCGCGGCACUACCACAAACGGAGCGCGCCGACGCGUCGGAAACGAGCUUCGCCGCCUUCGCGAAGGAGCACGCCGUCGAGCUCAGCGGAAGCGAGCCGGUGCCCGUCGUCGAGUUCGCCAAGGCGCCGUUCAAUGCCGCGUGUAAACAAAAACUCGCCAAGGAGGGCUUCGCGAAGCCGACGCCGACGCAGUCCGUGUCCUGGCCUUUGGCUUUGACGGGCACGGAUCUCAUUUCCAUCGCCAAGACUGGGAGUGGCAAGACCCUUGGAUUUCUACUGCCAGCGUUUCACCGCAUCGAGCAGAAGUUCGAGCGCAACUCAAGUACAAUAGCAGCACCAAAAAUCGUGGUCAUGGCACCCACAAGGGAGCUCGCCCUCCAGAUCGCCAGCGACGCCGCAAAGUUCGCGCCCUGCUUCGGGGCCACGACGGCGUGCUGCUACGGCGGCGCGCCCAAGUGGGAGCAGAUUAAGAAACUAAGGUGGCUGAACAACCGGGGCUGCGUCGUGGCCACGCCGGGCCGGUUGAACGACCUCCAGAACCAGGGGAAAAUCUUCCUGAACGAAGUCGAUGUACUAGUCUUGGACGAGGCGGAUCGGAUGUUAGAUAUGGGGUUUGAACCGCAAAUUCGGGAAGUGGUAUCAAGGAUGCCGCCGCGCCAGACCAUGCUGUUCACGGCGACCUGGGGGAAAGAUGUCCAGAAGGUGGCUCGCACCCUUGUGUCUGGUGAGCCGACUCGAGUCUCGUUCGGCGACGCGGCCUCUGGUAAACUGACAGCAAAUAAAGACGUCACGCAGACCGUGGAGAUUGUCGAGUCGUGGAGAGAUAAGAAGGUCAAGGCCAUUGAGCGACUGAAGGCGUUACAUAAGGAUGGUUCGGCAAAGACCAUUGUAUUUCUAGCGACCAAAAGAGCCUGCGACGAGGUGGCCAAUGAACUGUGGUACGCCGGCCUGAAGUGCGACUCCAUCCAUGGGGAUAAAGAACAGAGGGAACGAGACAGAGUCAUCGGCCAGUUCCGGCGGAACGAAGUUAUGUGCCUUAUUGCCACUGAUGUCGCCGCGCGCGGCUUGGACGUGUCUGACGUGACGAACGUGGUCCAAAUAGACUUCCCGGCCGCUUCGGGCAAGGCCGGCGUCGAGGACUAUAUUCAUCGGAUUGGGAGGACGGGCCGGGCGGGAAAGAAAGGUGAAGCGCACGCGUAUCUGACGAAAGACGACAUCAAGGCCAACGGCCGGGUGUUGGUGGCUAUAUUGAGAGACGCGGGGCAGGAGGUGCCGGCCGAGUUGGCCGAGCUCACGUCGCGCGCGGGCGGCAAGGGUGGCGGCAAGGGCGGUCGGGGCCGCGGCCGCGGCCGCGGUGGCUUCGGGCGCGGACGCGGCCGCGGCGGCGGCUUCGGCAAGGGGCAGAAGCGCAAGUGGUGA